AUGUCUGCUGUUGAGACUUCUCGCCUUGACGGAAAGGUCGCCCUUGUCACUGGCUCUGGCCGUGGUAUUGGCAAGUCCAUGGCCAUUGAGCUCGGAAAGCGUGGUGCCAAGGUUGUUGUCAACUACGCCAACUCUGCCGACGCCGCCAACCAGGUCGUCGAGGAGAUCAAGAAGAACGGCACCGACGCCAUCGCCAUCAAGGCCAACGUCGGCGAGGUCUCCGAGACCAUCAAGCUCUUCGACCAGGCCGUCGAGCACUUCGGUCAGCUCGACAUUGUCUGCUCCAACUCCGGUGUCGUCUCCUUCGGUCACUUCAAGGACGUCUCCGAGGAGGAGUUCGACCGCGUCUUCAAGAUCAACACCCGCGGCCAGUUCUUCGUUGCCCGUGAGGCCUACAAGCACCUUUCCGUCGGCGGCCGCAUCAUCCUGAUGGGCUCCAUCACCGGUCAGGCCAAGGGUGUCCCCAAGCACGCCGUCUACUCCGGUUCCAAGGGUGCCAUCGAGACCUUUGUCCGCUGCAUGGCCAUCGACUCUGGUGACAAGCGCAUCACCGUCAACGCCGUUGCCCCCGGUGGCAUCAAGACCGACAUGUACCACGCCGUCUGCCGCGAGUACAUCCCCGGCGGUGAGAAGCUCUCCGACGACCAGGUUGACGAGUACGCCAAGACCUGGUCGCCCAUGCAGCGUGUUGGCCAGCCCAUCGACAUUGCCCGCGUCGUCUGCUUCCUUGCCUCCCAGGACGGCGAGUGGGUCAACGGCAAGGUCAUUGGCAUCGACGGUGCCGCCUGCAUGUAA